GUCGGUAGUCGAGUAGUCACAGACACUAGACGCGCAGCCUCGCUCCGUCGCCGCAAUUCGACGAUUCCACCGCUUCGUCCGUCGGCAUAGCAAUCAUACUCUUUUCUCUUCCCCUCCCUCCCCUCCUCACCAGUCACCUCGACGAGAUCUCCCCCACCUCUUCCACUUCCACCCCGCCCGUCGUCUCUCGCGAAGCACCCCUAUCGUACGUUUUCCGUAGCUCGACGGGGACGGCGAGCCGCUCCUGCUGCUGCCGCCGCCGGAGGAGGAGGAACAGGAUUAGCGGGAGGAGGAGCAGGGCACCGGUCGCUUGGGGCUGUGCCACAUGCCGCUCUGGGGGACCGCCGCGUCCGCGCAGCCGGCAGCCGAGGGCGACGCCGCCCGCGCGCCCUCAGGGUCCGGCGGCGGCGGCGUCAAGGUGAUCCGGUCGCUGCUCCCCACCCGGCGCCGCCUCCGCCUCGACCCGCCCGCUAAGCUUUAUUUUCCAUAUGAACCCGGUAAGCAAGUCCGGAGCGCUGUCAGGAUCAAGAACAUCAGCAAGUCUCAUGUGGCUUUCAAGUUCCAAACGACAGCACCAAAGAGUUGCUUCAUGAGGCCUCCCGGCGGCGUACUUGCUCCAGGGGAAAGUAUCAUAGCAACAGUUUUCAAGUUUGUUGAGCAUCCGGAGAACAACGAGAAGCCCUUGGACAAGUGCAAGGUUAAGUUCAAGAUUGUCAGCCUGAAAGUCAAAGGGCCGGUGGAGUAUGUCCCUGAAUUGUUUGAUGAGCAGAAGGACCAGGUUGCAGUCGAGCAAAUUUUGCGGGUGGUAUUCUUGGACGCUGAGCGCCCGAGCCCACAAAUGGACAAACUCAAGCGCCAGCUCGCUGAAGCAGAAGCCGCGCUGGAGGCACGCAAGAAGCCUCCGGAGGACAAUGGCACCCGUAUUGUCGGCGAAGGCCUUGUGAUCGAUGAAUGGAAGGAACGAAGAGAGAGAUACCUCGCUCGCCAGCAGGAAGAAGGCGUUGAUUCAGUGUAGACACAGAGGAAGCCCUGCAGACCACACUGGGCGCGCGCGCAUUCCUGAUCAAAAUGGAUUUGGAGCAGCCAAGCAACGAUGAGGCCUUGUGUAAUUAGGAUUUGAGCUUCACGCUGGAUGUAGAUGAUCCAGCCACUGCCUGAUAAUAAUAAUAAUAAUAAUACGCCCUUUCCUAAGCCAUGUACUCGGGUGUUGUUGUGGAGUGUGUGGAUGUGAUACAUUCCCUAGCUGUAUUAAAAGUGUAACUGUAAUAUCGAAAGGCACACUCCAUCAUGCCACGGGGGGCAAUUCUUCCGUCCACUUGCUCAUACGACUCACCAUAAUAAAUUUAUGUGUGAUUCAGUUGUCA